GUGGGCAUAGCAUGACAUGCUCGUCGGCAAAGGAUCCAGUGUCCUACGUGGGGCGAGAGACAGGGAGGAGAAGCUCCAUUCUGCAGACGAACGGGGAUCCACAACGAUCGCUCAAGAUGCAGCGCAGCAUAGCAGUUCUCUGGCUGUUGGCUGGUAUGGCUGUGACGGGGUCGGAGCUGAUGCAGGAUACAGUGGAAGAUCUUAUGAACGAACACUUUCCACCCCUUCAUACUUCAAACUGCUCUCAGAGCUUGACUGAUCUUCUCCUGCUCCGCCAAGAAGUCAAAUUGGACGAAAUGGUAAAGCUUUUGACUGACAUCCGUGACUUAAAGGCAAAGAGCACGAGUAGUGUCUCGAGGAGCUGCCCCGCUGAUUUCGAAGACUUUGAGGGCAUUUGCCUUCAUAUGGGGACGCAAGUGAUGACAUGGUUAAGUGCCCGCACGUAUUGCCUGAAGCUCGGAGGAACUCUGGUAACCGGCCUUCAAAAUGCCUUAAUUGGUAGAUCCUUCGUCCAAAAAUCGAGCCCACCCGACCACGUGUGGAUCGGAGGCCACGACCUGUUUGAGAAAGGGAAGUGGGAAUGGCUGUCCGGAGAGGCCAUGCCGACUGAUUCCUCAUUCUGGGGUUCUUAUCUGGGCGUCCAGCAGCCGAACGACGGAGGAAGUGGAGAAGACUGUGUCGGUCUGUACGGUCAAGAUGACUUCGAUUUUCAUGACUUCCCUUGCAGCUGGGCUUGCACACCGCUGUGUCAGGUGGUAAUCUCAGCUUGAUUAGAAAGUACGAGCGAAGGAGAGAGGGGAAGGAAAGGGGAGAAAGAGGAGGUGUGGGAGAGAAGGGGAAGGUAAGGAGAGAGAUGGAGAGAAGGGGAAGGGAGGAGAGGAGAGAGAAAUAGGAGAGUGGGGAAGGUAAGAAGAGAGAAAGUGAGAAGGGAAAGGGAGGAGAGUAAGAAAUCGUAAACUACGAGGACGUGUGGAACAGUACGUCCGCCGAGUCAGACCUGGACGAGGACGACGAAAAAAAGGACGACGAGAAGAGGACAACGAGACGAGGACAGCGAGACGAGGACAACGAAAAGCGGACGGCGAGGCAGAGCAACACGCGCGCGAGAGGACAAGGGGUGACGCCACCAAGCCUUGCCCGAGGACCAGGUAAAGAGGACGCCCAAGACGAGGGAGCCCGGCCAAGCGGAGGACGACCUCGACCAGCCCGAUCACUGUACACCGUCGAGGACCAGCAGAGGUGGUCACCCCAGGACGUCAGAUCUACGGCACCUCGAGAGAGAGACACAAGUAGGUGGCUGAGCGUAGUGUUGCCAUUGAUAUUCCCACAAAACCGCUAGACAGGGCCUUAAAAACCGCCUGACGUAACAGUAAAAGCUCCUCAUUUUCCUACUAACAGGAAUUUUUUUUAAAGAAUCACUAAAUAUAAAGUAAACUCAAAAAUUUCACGUUACGACAUUAAUAGAAAAAAAACACCUCUAGAUCUAGCGGGAAAAUUACUAGAAUGGCAACACUGGCUGAGCGAUUAUCGUUAAAAACUACGAUUUCAUACAUGUCUCUCCAUUCCAAGGCAUAGUGUCUACCAAAGCCGUGUGUGGUACGUCGUUAACAGCAGCGGUGGCCAUAACAACGCGACAAAAUCCCGACACGAGUGACCUCCAGCGAAAAGCGACGAAGUGAGGUCACCGCGUCACGAGACAGGUGACCCGGUCGAAGUGAGAACACACAUGACCUGUGUGACCUUAUAACGGCCUUACACGCCCCACCCAUAAGCUUCGUUGACCUUGCUAGAAUCGAGAAGACCAACGCAACUAAGUGUCCGUUUCGCUCCCCAAUAAAGGAGUUUAGCAGA